AUGCAUAAGGCAACAAGCGCAGCCCCAGAUAUCGACCUCGCUAUAGAGGAAACCCAAAGGACUCCCUUCACAGAAAGAAUCGCGGGGAUGAAGCUAAGCACCAUUGGGAAAAUUAAAUUCCCCAAAUACUCUGGAAACUCAGACCCUAAAGCUCACAUCCGAGCCUUUAGACUCGCAAUAUCCAGAGCACACCUCAACGACAACGAAAAAGAAGCGGGCUACUGUCGUUUCUUCGCAGAGAACCUCGUGGGCUCCGCCUUAGAAUGGUUCGCCGGCCUAGAAGAAAAUUCGAUUGAUAACUUCACACAGCUGGUGUCGGCGUUCCUAAAGCAAUACUCGGUGUUCAUAGAAACCAGAACGACCAAAGCCGAUCUAUGGAACCUUAAACAAGCGCCCUUUCGAGCCUCUAAGAGCCUACAUAAACAAUUUAGGGAAAUCAAAGCCAAAAUCGCAAACCUAAACGACGGGGUGGCCCUAGCCGCCCUGAAAAAUGGUGUGUGGUUCUCUUCUAAAUUCAAAGAAGAAAUGUCGGUCAGAGCCCCGGUGUCACUAGACGACGCGCUGCACCGAGCAUCGCACUUUGCGGCCUACGAAGAGGACGUAGCUAACUUGAAAGAGCAAUUCUUGGCAAGCAAAAAUGCCGCCAGUAAAAAGACCUCGACAACUAAAGAAGCACUGACCAAAGGUCAACAUUCUUACACAAUAGACAACUCCACGAAAAAUAGGUCAUGGACUUUUGAUCUAAAUAAACAUUGCGAUUUCCACAAACGAAAAGGGCAUUCCACUGAGGAAUGCCGCGCUGCUUUGCGCGAAAAAGAGAGAAAGGAGGAAGAAGAAAAAUCCCAAGAGGACGAACUCCCUUCGACUCCAAAAAAUGACAGAAAGCCGAAAUCGUCUUCCCACAAAAGGGCUCGGGAGGUAGAGGCCGAGUUCACCAAACUCGCCACAUGCCCUCCAAAAAGCAUGUCGACAUGA